AUGACGCACGGGCGAGCUCUGGCUAAUGGGAACCAUGCCCUCCUCGGACUCUAUAAAGGGGGUGGACGCAGCAAGCUGGCUGUGACAGAUAAGGAACACUUCUCGGACACAGACGGCGCGCACACAAACACACAAGCCUCGCACUGACGCCAGUACAAGCAUUCAAACCCUGGGAACCCUAAGCGUGCGGAAAAUCCCCCAGGCAAGUUCGGUGGCUGCGCUCCCAAGCUGGCUAUGGAAGGCGUCCCAACUUCCCCUAGAGCGGAACGACGGCCGCAGCGGGCUCCAGCCCCUCUCCUGCCCUCCAGGCAGAUGGAGAAGGCUGGCAGUGCUCGCACACCAGCGGAGAGGCGGCGAGGCGCCCAGUGCAACGGGUAUGCUGCGAAGGAGCAACCCCGGCCAGAGCGGAGUGAGCCAGAGGAAAAGCCCCGGGGCCAGGAGGAAAAGAGAGCCCAGCAGAUGGACUAUUGGAAGACGGAGCGGACUCGCAGCGUGGAGGAUAACGAGCUGAACCUGCCGAGCCUGGCGGGCGCUUACUCCACCAUCCUGCGCUCCCUGGGUGAAGACCCCGAGCGGCAGGGGCUGCUCAAGACCCCCUGGAGGGCGGCAACGGCCAUGCAGUUCUUCACUAAGGGCUAUCAGGAGACCAUUGCAGAUAUCCUGAAUGACGCUAUAUUUGAUGAAGACCAUGAUGAGAUGGUGAUUGUAAAGGACAUAGACAUGUUUUCAAUGUGUGAACAUCACUUAGUGCCAUUUGUUGGAAAGGUUCAUAUAGGUUAUCUUCCUAACAAACAACUCCUUGGCCUCAGCAAGCUUGCCAGGAUUGUGGAAAUCUAUAGUAGGAGAUUACAAGUUCAAGAGAGACUUACAAAACAAAUUGCUGUAGCAGUCACAGAAGCCCUCCGGCCAGCUGGAGUUGGAGUGGUUGUUGAAGCAACACAUAUGUGUAUGGUAAUGCGAGGGGUACAGAAAAUGAACAGCAAAACUGUCACCAGCACAAUGUUGGGUGUAUUCCGGGAAGAUCCAAAGACCCGGGAAGAAUUCUUAACACUCAUUAAGAACUGAAUUGGAGGCAAAUGAAAUAUGAUCUGAAGAUUGUACUGCUAGUGGCAUUGUCUGUCUGUACAUUAUAUUUAAAGUGUUGCAGUAGUGAGAUCCUUUUUGUCAUUAACCGUCACUGAAAAAUAUUUAUAGGAAAUAAAAAAUAAUAGAGAAGCCCUGUGGUUUAUCCUUGCCACCUUUUUAGCAGUAAUGGGGAAGAAAGUUGCCCGUUGAAUUUAAGGUUCAUAAAACUGUCACCCAGAUAAACUGAGGAUACUAGGACUCAGACGAGAAUUUAUUUUAUCAAAGUAGCCUGCUUAUUUAUGAUGCAAUAAAUGUGAGCAUCAGGGAGGGGAUAUUGGGGGAAAUUAUAUUAAUCGUAGUAAGUUAAAAUGGUGCCAGUUCUCUAAGUGCUUAAAAAAAUCUAAGUAUGUGAUGGCAUUGCUGUACUGAUUGAUGAUUCAGCAAUGCUCACUUUAUUGUGUCAAUUAAACCUGUCGUUUAUAAUAAUUUUUUUAAAAUGUCCUAUGUUUACUUAUUUUUGGCCAAGUUGUGCCUUUGGUCAUGAAUUGUUAAAAGAGCCGUACUUUGGAUUUUAUUAUGAAUUAGUUAUAAAAACACUAUUCUUUUAUUCAGCUGCCGGGAAUUGUUUCCUAGAAUUGUUUACGGAUAUAUUCUCAUGUCAACAUGCAGGGAUUUAUACAUUUAACUCUCUGUGCCUUGAUGAGAAUGUCACAUUAUUUAGAUUGUAGUAACAUUGAUUUUUAAACAAUUUUUAGUAAGAGAUUUAGUGUUACUGAGUAGGAGACUCAAAACUUUUAUUUGAUUACUGCUCAUUAGUUUCACAAAAUAUUUUUAUAAAUAUUGCCAGGAAACUUGAACUAUUCUCAUCUUUUCCAAUUCUGUAGAAUGACAGACUUCAUGGACCCAAGACUUAAGCCAAGUCAUUCAACUAUAAGUGUUUUUAAUCCAUGACCAAUGUUCUAAUGAAAGCUUCUGUCAAUGGUCUUUGUAAAAGCACCAGCAGAAGUAUUACUACUGUUAGUAUGUGGUAGUAAUAUGUUGUCUUCAGUGUGGCUAAGAUGAGCCAAGCAAACUUUUGUUCGCCAGUUGGUGGAGGUUAUUUCAGCAUAGGAAAGUUUUCCUUUAUUAAUGGACAACUUGAAUUUGGUAUCACUGGGGCAUAGAGGCCCAAACUAAAAAAGAUUCUUUUAUUGCUGAUGAGUCAUUAUUGGAUUAUGGGUUUAAAAAUCAUAGAUUUUUGCCUCCUUUCUGAAGCUUAAAUAAUUGUUCUUCAAAUAUGUCCCAUUACUAAGAAAAGAAUUAAGUUAUCAUGAUCUAAGAAUCAAUUUAAAAGCAAGUGUUUAGUUAUAUAUUGAACUAGUGUAUCUUUACAUUGCUGUAUUCUUCUACUUCUGAUCCAUUUUGCUUUUUAGAAGGUAAGAGGAAAGACUUUUUAAAGAACAAUCUCUCUACUUCUAGUAAUAAAUAUCUUUUCCCUGACUUUCAGUAGCUUAACAAAUUGCAAACAAAAUAAAAACCAAAAAACCCCCCCAAGUCAGGCUUGUCUCAAUUGGCAGUACCUCUAUAACUCUCCCCUAACCUUAUACAAUUAUUUCUCAGUUGUUUCUCUCACUCAGUAUUUUGACCUAACCUUUUAAAAGUAGGAUUUCCAAGCCUCAAAAACCAAGUCUGAGUUGUUUGAUAUUAUUUUAAAGCAAACACUGAUAUGAGCUGGAGGACAGAAGGAAUCUUUAGCUGUAAAAUUCAUCUUUCUGUAGUCAUUUGAAAUCCAUUUCCCUUUUUGUUUAUGUCCUCUUUUAGAGAGUUUUCCUGCAGGGCCAUUGCAAAAAAAAAAAAGAAGCCAUAGGCUAUUCCUAUCUCUCUGUAGUAAAGUCAAAAUGAUUAGCCUGCUACCUGUUUUGUUUUUCCCAUGAGCUGCCUUUCAAAUAUACCUCUUUGUUUCCCUUGGCCUUAGAUUAUGUUUAUUGUUUAGAUUUUUAGAAUUUGAUGCACUUAUACUAUGUAUUUGAUUCAAAUGAAGCUUGUUUAAAUUUUA